GCCCCGCACCGCCGCCCCCAGCGCCCCCACCAUGAGCUACACCAUGGAGCCCCUGGGCAACCCCUCGUACCGCCGGGUCACCGAGACCCGCGCCACCUACAGCCGCGCCAGCGCGUCCCCCUCCAGCGGCUUCCGCUCGCAGUCGUGGUCGCGGGGCUCGGGCAGCACCGUGUCCUCCUCCUACAAGCGCCCCAACCUCGGGGGCCCGCGGGCCGCCUACGGCUCCACCGUGCUGAGCUCCGCCGACAGCCUGGACGUGAGCCAGUCCUCGCUGCUCAACGGCGCGGCCGAGCUCAAGCUGAGCCGCUCCAACGAGAAGGAGCAGCUGCAGGGGCUCAACGACCGCUUCGCCGGCUACAUCGAGAAGGUGCACUACCUGGAGCAGCAGAACAAGGAGAUCGAGGCGGAGCUGGCGGCGCUGCGGCAGAAACACGCCGGGCGGGCUCAGCUGAGCGACGCCUACGAGCAGGAGCUGCGGGAGCUGCGCGGGGCCCUGGAGCAGGUGAGCCACGAGAAGGCGCAGAUCCAGCUGGACUCGGAGCACAUCGAGGAGGACAUCCAGCGCCUGCGGGAGCGCUUCGAGGAUGAGGCGCGGCUGCGCGACGAGACGGAGGCGACGAUCCGCGCCCUGCGCAAGGAGAUGGAGGAGGCCUCGCUGAUGCGGGCGGAGCUGGACAAGAAGGUGCAGUCGCUGCAGGACGAGGUGGCCUUCCUGAGGGGCAACCACGAGGAGGAGGUGGCCGAGCUGCUGGCGCAGCUCCAGGCGUCCCACGCCACCGUGGAGAGGAAGGACUACCUGAAGACCGACCUGACGACGGCGCUGAAGGAGAUCCGCGCCCAGCUGGAGUGCCAGUCCGACCACAACAUGCACCAGGCCGAGGAGUGGUUCAAGUGCCGCUACGCCAAGCUCACGGAGGCGGCCGAGCAGAACAAGGAGGCGAUCCGCUCCGCCAAGGAGGAGAUCGCCGAGUACCGCCGCCAGCUCCAGUCCAAGAGCAUCGAGCUGGAGUCGGUGCGCGGCACCAAGGAGUCGCUGGAGCGGCAGCUCAGCGACAUCGAGGAGCGCCACAACAACGACCUCACCACCUACCAGGACACGAUUCACCAGCUGGAAAACGAGCUUAGAGGAACGAAGUGGGAAAUGGCACGUCACUUGAGGGAAUACCAGGACCUCCUCAAUGUCAAGAUGGCCCUGGACAUUGAAAUUGCUGCGUACAGGAAGCUACUGGAGGGUGAAGAGACAAGAUUCAGUGCCUUCUCUGGAAGCAUUACUGGUCCCAUAUUCACACACAGACAACCAUCUGUCACAAUAGCAUCCACCAAAAUCCAGAAAACAAAAAUUGAACCGCCAAAGCUGAAGGUCCAGCACAAGUUUGUAGAAGAAAUCAUCGAAGAGACGAAGGUGGAGGACGAAAAGUCUGAAAUGGAAGACGCCCUGGCAGCAAUUGCAGAAGAAAUGGCAGCCAAGGCACAGCAGGAAGAGCAGGAGGAAGAAAAGGCAGAAGAAGCAGCUGCAGAGGAAGAGGCUGUUUCUGAGAAGGCUGCUGCAGAACAACCUGAGGAAGAGGAGAAGGAGGAAGAGGAAGCAGAGGAGGAAGAAGAAGCUGCCAAAUCUGAUGCAGCGGAAGAAGGUGGUUCGGAAAAAGAAGAAAUCGAGGAAAAGGAAGAAGGGGAGGAGGCCGAGGAAGAGGAGGAAGAAGCUGAGGCCAAGGGCAAGGCCGAAGAGGUGGCAGCAAAGGCAGAGAAGGUCAAAACCCCUCCCUCAAAGUCACCCCCUAAAUCCCCCCCUAAAUCCCCCGUCACAGAGCCGGCCAAGGCCGCCCCGAAGGAAAAACCCGCGGAGGCAGCGAAAGAACCCAAGGUGGAGAAGGCCGAGAAAGCAGCCAAGGAAGAGGAGAAAGCAGCGUCCCCAGAGAAAGCUGCAACACCAAAGGUGACCUCCCCAGACAAAGCUGCCACCCCGGAGAAGGCCGCGAGCCCGGAGAAGGCGGAGAAGGCGGUGGCCCUGGAGAAGCUGACGCCGGAGAAGCCGCGCUCCCCGGAAAAGCCGGCGAGCCCCGAGAAGCCCCGCACUCCCGAAAAACCCGUGAGCCCAGAAAAGCCCCGUUCCCCUGAGAAACCCCCGUCCCCGCUCAAAGACGCCAAGGCCGUGGUGGAGGAGACCGUCACCGUCACGAAGGUAACCAAAGUCAGCGCCGAGCCCGAGAAGGAGUCCAGGAAAGAAGAUAUCGCGGUGAACGGGGAGGUGGAGGAGAAGAAGGAGGAGGAAUCCAAGGAGAAGGAGGAGGAGGACAAGGGGGUGGUCACCAACGGGCUGGACGUGAGCCCCGUGGACGACAAGGCGGAGAAAGUCGUGGUGACCAAGAAGGUGGAGAAGAUCACGGGCGAGGGAGGGGACGGCGGCACCACCUUCGUCACCAAGUCGGUGACCGUCACCCAGAAGGUGGAGGAGCACGAGGAGAGCUUCGAGGAGAAACUGGUGUCCACCAAGAAGGUGGAGAAAGUCACCUCCCACGCCGUGGUGAAGGAGAUCAAAGAGGCCGAGUAGAACCAAAGCAAAACAAACAAACAAAAAAAAGGCUCAAUCUGAACAAAUCCAGGAGCUUGGGUCGGUGCGAAAGGUUAAGCCAUAUGACAAAAGCUGCAAAAUGCAUGUGGGGUGACAGCUUCAAAGCAGAAAGGGUUCUCUCAUGGAGGCUCUCCAGACACACAGUAUUUUAGGUUGUUUUUUUUUUCGUUCGUGCAAUAUUAAGGGAAAGCUGGGUGGGGAGGGGGGGGGAAAUGCAUGCAGCAGGCUCAAGGUGUAACUCUCCCUCCACAGAGCUUGGGGGGUCUACCCCCCCAAAAAAAGAAAAAAAAAAAAGGAAAUAAAAAAUAAUGCUAAUAAUAGUGCAUGAGAUGAAAUGUGCAAAGGAAGCUUUUUUUUUUUCUUUUUUCUUUUUUUUUCCUGAAUUUCCUGAGCUGCUGUCGGAGGGAGGACGUGUCUGAGGGACGACUUUAAGAUGUAUUAUGCAAAAGAAACCGACUGAGCCAAAAAAAAAAAACCAAACAGGAAAACAGUGGUAGGAUAUUCAUGAGAACCAGAACUCUCCUAGCCUUAAAAAAUAAAAAUAAUAAUAAAAAAAUUAUUAAUAAUAAUAAUAAUAAAAAAGCUACUUAUAAAUCAUUAUGUUUACCUCACUGGUGCAAUUAUAGGGUGGACUUUUGCUCGUGGGAGAACCUUGUUGACAUGCACAGUGCGCAACCUUUUGUUGUUCGAUGUAAAACAGUCACAGCAGUUCUUGCUCAAUAAAGGUCAAUACUGAGAACACGA